AUGCUGAUUCCGGACAACUCUACGGUGGGCUAUCAGCCUGAUGGGGAAGGGACCCAGGGGAGCGAGUCGGAACGGUACAAGAUCUACAUCGUCAUGUCCUACCUGUCCAUAUUCUCUGUUAUGGGCACAAUUGGCAACGCCCUUGUCCUGUACGUGUUCUCCAAGAUGCUGAAACAGAACCUUACCUCUACAAUCUUCAUCCUGACGCUGGCCGGUACGGACUUCGUAACAUGCCUCGUCACGAUACCUUUCACCAUCGUUAUGGAGUAUUUGGAAUUCAUAAUACGAUUCGAGGUGCCCUGUAAGAUUUACGGCUUCAUCCUGUCUUACACAGUGAUGUAUUCUUCGCUAAUCAUGGUGGCCAUUGCUUUCGACAGGUAUCUUUGCAUCUGCCACCCUUUUUUGCACGCGAUGAACAUGAAAAGAGCUCGUAUCAUUGUCAUUGUGCUGGCCAUGCUCACUUUCGCGCUGAGUUUGGUUCUGGCGGCGAGCAACUCCGUCUAUGUGUACAAAAAGAUUGAAGACUUCAACGGGAGCAGAAUUACAAGUGGGCAGUUUGGCAACAGCUCUUUUCCGGAGUCCAACACAACGCGUUGGGAGCAUUACUACACCGGUGUGUGUUCCCUAGACAGAAACGUCCUCGGAGAACAUAUCUAUCUUGGAAUUAAGUACAUCCACAACUCGUUUUUUGUGCUGGCAAUCGUCGUGGCGUUUGUCCUGUAUUCGCUGAUCAUGAGACGUGUGCUAGCUAGAACGAAGAGCAGGCGCGGGUUCUCUAUCAAGUGUCCGUGCCUGGGGACCAAGAGUCACGGAGAUACACAGCUUUCGCCCAUGAAUGGAGAGAGUCAGUUGUCGAGUAGCACCUCUCAAGAUCCGUCUCUUGUCGACAGUGGUUCGGCGAAACCAGAUGUCAUUCAACAAAAACCUUUGAUUCGACGCGGCUCGAAAAAAAGUGACAAAAACCUUAUGGCCAAUUUGAAAAUAGCUGGUACAUUGUUUGUCGUGACCAUCGUGUUUUUUGUAACAUUUUUCCCGGCUUGGUUGAUGGUGACCGGGACUAUCGAUAGUGACAUUAUCCUGUUUAACAUUUACUUCCUCUACAACGUGGCUAACCCAAUCAUAUACGCUUUCAUGAACCAGAAUUUUAGAAUCCAUUUACAAGAGUUAUUUUCGUGUAUGAAGCGUGGGACAGGAAAACGGAAGUGACACUUAAGGUGAUCAGCCUCACAGGAUGCAUCCUUAGAAACCAGACCACCCUGGUGACUUUGUACAUCAAAAUGAUCUGGUGCAUUCUCGAGCACAAGUGUAGGAAUUAUUGUAGUUCGUCGAAGAUGUUUGUUCACGAGCGACUCGGCUGUUGCUACAGGGUUACCUUCCGAAAACUGCGAAUUAGUCGCCAAAAGUGUUUUUGUGUUUUCAGAACAAUUGGUGUUAAAAUUCCUACAGGAAGCCCAGGACAUGAAUUAAGAAGGUUCCUGUGACUUUUAGAAGAGACUUACCAUCUGAUAAACGUGGUUUUAACCCCAAAACUCCGUGUUAUUUCGUUAGCUGUGUACAGUUAAAGCUUUGUAUAACUUUCAUCAACAUAUCAAAGAUCGUUUCAGUCUGAUAUGUUGUACAACACAUACCAACCAUGUAGAGCUGCUGUCUACCAGAACCAAUAAAUACCCGAUGAGAACUGAAUAUCCAGCAUAACCUUACACUCAUAACACUCGUUUGGAAUUGUGAAAAGAUGUGCAUGAGCAUAACCUAUCAAAACAGAAUGAAAAUUACAAAACUGAACGCAUUUAAGUACCCCUGUACAAGUAAAAACUUUGUUCAGGUGAAUACUGCGCAUAUACAGCGUUGAGACAAAUAUUAACAUGAAUCGAAAUGUGACUGAUAUAUUUUGAUUUGAAGAGCCACAUUCUGGAAACAGCUGAAUAUAAUGACGGUAUGUUUGAAACAGACCUUGUUUCCGGAUCUGUAAGGUUGGCAUUAUUUGUCUGACUGUGAAAUUUUAUGAAAGACCAGUAUGCGUUCACAUCUCUGUGCACAAUCAUGAACGACACUCGUGGACACAGAACACCGACGGAUAACAAGGAAAUCAGUAAUUGGGGUAUGGCACCCGUUUUGCGUGCAGGAACAAGCAGAUACUUGCUACUCAUAUCUUGAAGUUGAUUGCAAUGUGUGUGUGACCUCUGACGUGCCAAUAAGAUAUUCUUACCAAAAGUGAAACCGU